CUGCCCAAUGUACUAGGUUUCUCAUUUAUUUUUAGGUGUAUUUUUGCAACUGAGACCUAAAUUAAUAGUAAAUAACCAUGAAAGUCUUCACCCCUGUGCUAGUCUUUCAAAAAAUGCCCUCUGGGAAAGGCAGAGACAAAUUCAGCAUUCAAUGUUUGGAGUGCUUUGGUAAAAACCUCUAUAUAGGGACCAAAGAGGGAGUCGUUGAGUACCUCACUGUAAAUAACACGAGCGCUGAAGAAAGCCUUUCAGUGCGGGAGGUGGGGAAGAGACAGAUGGGCCGAAGCGGAGCAAUCGGCCAGCUGACGGCGGUCCCUGUUCUGAAUCAUCUCUUAGUUCUCUGGGACGGUUCGGUCACGGUGCUUAACAUGUUCUCCCUGGAACUCCUUCCUGCCCUGAAGAAAAUACAGAACGUGUCACUCUUUAAUGUCAGUGAGUCAGCGGUUCAGACUGAUUCCGUUGAGCUCAUUGCAGCUUCGACCAAGAGGAAAACAGUGAGCGUUUAUAAGGUGUGUGUGGACAGAUGGGAGUGUGUGAGACAGGUGGCUCUGCCGCAGGAACCUGUGGUUCUGGCUGUGCAUGGGACGUGUCUGUGUGUGGCCGCUUGUGACAGAUAUUUUCUCCAUGACUAUCAGAGCCAAACCACCCUCGAUCUUUUCCCACAUAACCUGGGAAAGCAAAAUAUCAUUGCCAACAAAUGUGGAAAAGGAGAAUUCAUUUUGAAUGGGCCUGGAUGUUUGGGCAUGUUUGUGAUGAAGAAUGGCACUUCCCAGCAUCCUCCAGUACAGUGGCCUGAUGGAGUGGUGGACGCUGCAGUUCAUUUCCCAUAUGUGCUAGUGCUACAAAAUCAGACUAUUCAUAUCUACAGCAUUCUGGACCAGCAGCUGAAGCAAACUGUCCCUUUACAAAGUGCCAAAUCUCUCGUCUCAACAGAAGAAAGUGUUUUUGUUGUUGCUGACAAAGAGAUUCAUCGGCUGUCACCUGUUCCUUUGGAGGAUCAGAUUGAAGACCUGGUUAAGAGUCAGAGAGUUGAUGAAGCCCUGAUGCUGUUGGACAGACUUCAAGAUCUCCUGCCAAAAGAUUCAUACAAGGAUUUACAUAAAAAUGUCAUCUGUACAUCUGGAAUGAUAAAGUUCUAUAGAGAGGCUUUUGUGGAAGCAAAAGAGCUUUUUAUUAAAGGUGAACUAGACCCAAGGGAAAUCAUUAGCCUUUAUCCAGCUAUGCCUGUUAUGAGUGAAGACUUUACACCUCAGACAACAGCAGUGAGCAAUGCCAAGGACCUGUGGACGUUAAGUCGAGACGAUUGGCCGACAUUUCAACAGUACCUAAUCUUUUUGGAUGACUUCUUGAGAGAAGUCAGGCCAACAGGACAGGGCCAAAUGUGUCCUCAGGACAUCGACUCGGCACUUUUUAAGCUGUAUUUGGAACGAGGUGAAUAUGGAAAACUGGACCAGCUUGUGUCGACGCAGAAUAACUGUAACCUCCAAACGUGUGUGCCUGACUUGGAACAGCACAAAAGGUUUUUCACACUUGGAUUGCUCUAUCAAACUCAAGGCCAGCAUUUCAAUGCAAUUCAGACCUGGGUUAAAAUUGUGGAAGAGCAGAGCGAGGACCCCUCACACAUCAGCGUAUUCCAGCAAAUAGUUAAUACUCUCUCAAAUCUGGAACAUAAACCCAUCAUCUGGAAAUUUGUAGAUUGGGUUCUUCAGAGAGACCAAGAGGCUGGAAUACUGAUCUUUACAAAGACGCAUACACGCAGCCAUGUUACAUUUGCACCAGAAGAAGUCCUUACCAUUCUCACCAGCUACCCACUUGCUAUGACUCUCUACUUGGAAUAUUUAGUCAUUGAAUUACACAGCAAGGAAGAAAAGCAUCAUACCAUGCUCAUCUCCUCAUAUGUCAAAUUGAUACGGCAGUCAAUCGAGGAUGACUACAACAAUAAAACAAGCAAGGAAGAGAUGAGACAUAAACUACAGCAAUUACUUUGGCAAUCUUCUUUCUAUAAUGUGGACACCAUAUAUGACCAAAUAACACCCUCGUUUCUUCAUGUGGAGAGAGCAAUUUUACUUGGGAAGUCUGGUAAACACAAAAAGGCCCUGCAGGUUUUGGUCCAUGAAGAAAAAGACCAGCAGGCUGCUGAAAGCUACUGUUGGAGGACCUCUGCUGGACGAGACAGGAUGUUCACUCAGGGAAUGUUUCUCUCCCUGCUUCAAAUCUACCUCGAGUCCUGUCAACAUGUUAUCACGGCAGUGGAUCUGCUGAACAAAAAUGCAGCGUCUUUUGAUUUAGUCAGUGUGUUGAGGGUGCUGCCAGACUCCUGGUCUCUUAAACUGGUUCUGCGGUUCCUCUGUGAAUCACUGAGAGGAACAGUGCAUGACAAAAGAAUGAGAGGUCUGGAGAUGAGCCUAGCCAAGGUGGAAACCCUAAGACACAAGCAUGUCUGGAUGGAAGCAACGCAUGAAAAGAUCCGAGUUGACAGAGGAUGUGUUUGCCAUUCAUGCCAGAAACGUCUUACAGGGCCCGAGUUCCUGCGCAGGCCGACAGGAGAGCUGACACACAUAUCCUGUCACGGUGGAGAAAGCGGACACUGAACAACAAAGACACUAUUAUUCACACCUAUUCACAUUUUAACUCUCAGCAGAUGCUGUUUUAUUAGGUUGCCUACAAUAAAGAUAAGUAAUUACUUGGAUAGUAAGGCAAUUACUAGCACAAAUUGCUGAGAAUAUAUGACACAUGCUAAGACACACACCAACAAAGCAAGCCACAAAUACGAGCAGGAAACCCACAACACCUGCACAUAUACUAAAUAUAGCUGGGAUGAUAUUGUACAAUU